AUGAUCUUCAACGUUUUUACACUGCUCCUUGCCGCCGGCAUGGCCAUCGCCGCCCCGGCCUCCCCCGCCGAGGUCGCCCGGUCCAUCGACGCCCUUUCCUCGCCGGCCUCGUACACCGGCGCCGAGAUCGUCGCCCGCAUGGCCUCAGCCGCCGCCCUGAACCCCCGCGACGCCCCUCCUCCCAAGCAGGACCCCAACGUCUGCUACUCCGACUGCCUGCUCAACGGCGGUGGUGACUGGGAGUGCAUCUGCGUCUGCGUCGACUGCGGCGGCAAGACUCCCCCUCCUCCCCCUCCUCCCAAGCAGUAA